AAUUCCUCACGCAUGCCAUCUACCGCGACUACAGUGCAUCGGCCAUUCGGCGUCGGACAGCAGAAAAAGAAGUAUCGCGUGAGUGCGGCUCCUGUGAUUUUUAUCAAAAAACCUUAAUAAAUUUGUGCGUAAACCGUGUAAAACUUGUGAAAAUAAUGGCCGACGUAUCUGUUGAGAACAAUGACGCUCCCGUUGUGGAGAAGGAGGUUGAGGAGGUGGCAGCACCAAAAGUGACAGAGGAGGAGACCGAAGAGAAGGCUCCUGCUGUGGAGAAUGGAUCUGAGGAGACGACAGAAAAUGGGUCUGAGGAUAAGGAGGAUGAGGAAAAGGAGACCAAUGGCAGCGACUCAACAGCAACCUCUGAAGCUUUGAAGAGAAAGCCAGAAGAGACAGAGGAGAAAUCCGUUGAGGAAGUCGCAACUCCUGAGAAGAAGGCCAAACUGGACGAUUCGGCGAAAGAGCAGCCUGAGGUCAAAGAAGCUGAGACCGAAGUAACGGCUUAAGGUUAAUUUAUAAAAAAUAAAAAAAAAAACAAACGUAAAAAGAUAAAAGGAGAGAACGUGAGUGAAAAACUGGGCAGAAACCACAAAAAAAGUUUGAAAUUGAUAAAUCAUCCCUUUUUAUUAGUAUUACAAAAUAAUAUAUUAUUAUUAAAUGGAGAUGAAAUAAAUAAAUAAAAAGAAAAAAACAGAUGAAAAUAUAAAAAGAGCCAAUAAAAUAAGAUAGAAAUAGUAAAAUGACAAAAAAAAGUGGUGAAUACCAUCAGGAAGAGUUCUUAAAAAAACAAAUUAUAAAACAUUAAGAUGUAAAAUUAUAGUAAAAAAAAAUAUUUGAGUAUGUUGGUGGGACUUCCUUAUUCAAGAAUAAACAACAACAAAGGUGAAAACAGAAGCAGCACUUUAUCAUAGAAAUAGUUGAAUUGACUAGAAUAAUAGUUAAAGAAGAAAUAAUGUUGUGUGCCCAAAAUGAAUAAAUCUUAAUCAGAUUAUUAUUAACUUGAAUUAAAUGUCCAAACUUUGUCUGAUUUAUCGGGGAAAAACCAAUGAAAAUAAUCAUCUCAAAUUUGCCAAAAUAUGAGAAAAAGUCUUUUCUAGCAAAAAUUCUCGAUUUAAUGGAUUUUUUGACGAAUGCAAAUGAAUUUAUUAAAACAAAAAAGUUAAAAAGUCAACCCACUAACGACACAAAUGUUUUAUCUCCUUUUUUUGUAUCCUUUUAAAACUGUAAUAUUCAGAUUUUUUUUUAAAAUUUAUAACAACUUUGUGAAGAAAUAAACGAAUUUGAUUCUCUCUACUUAAGUUUUGACACUUUUCUUUUAGGAUGAUACUUAAAAAAAUGAAAUCUUUGGAUCUUAUUCGAUGUGAAUUUGUUUGAUGUAGUGAAAAGGGACAUUUUGUUUCUCAAAUAGAUAGUUGCAAAAGAGAAAAUAGUUUGAAAAAUCAACCAUAAAGGAAUUGAUACACAAAAAAAAUAAAGAGAUUGUAGAACAUUCCCCCGCAUUUGUGACAUCAACAAAAGAAUUACAUAAAUUGGUCAUUUGAAUAAAAAAGAAAUUUGUGUUUUCUUGCUAAAAAAAACUAUUUACUUAAGGAAAUAAAAAUUAAAAAGAUUCAAUGAUGAAAGGAAACUUACAACGGCUUCGAUGCCAAAUGAAAUGUGGUGCAGUUUAUUUGUAUCUUUAUUUAAAAAAAAAUAUGAAAAAAAAUAAUAAAAAUGGGAGAAAAUUGUCUUCAAAUCAAUGCAAAAAGGCAAGAGUACGAAACGUAGUAAUUUUUAGGUUCUUCCCGCUUUUAUUUUUUUUUCUUUAAUAAUUUAAUAAAUCGUAACUUGUAUAAUAGUUUCUAAAUUUUGAAUUGCACACUUCUUUUUUUUUGUACUACGUAGUUUAUUUUUAGAAUAGAACGAAUGGAGAUAAAAAAGAAUAAUUUGAAAAAAGUAAACACAUAAUUUUGUGUUUUCUGAAUCACAUUUCACUUUAAAUUUUAUUUGAGUUAGAAGAACGAGAAAAUCUGAAUGGAUUUGUAAACUGAAUUAUCACAAGAAAAAAUCUCUUUAACAGUGUUUUGUAAAUGUUCAACAAGAGAGAGAGAUAAUCCCCUCAGCAGAUUGAUUUUCUUUUACCGAAACAUAGAAAAAAAAAACACUGCCAUUCAUAUCAAAAUGGAAAAUUGCAGGUUGACCAUGCUACCACCCUUAUAAAUAUUUACCUUUUCUCCUCCUCUGGUAAAAUAAUGAAAUUUUUAAGCAUUUUUUUGUCAACAUUUACUGAUGGAAAAUAAAGAGUAUCAAACCCACCAAAAAAAAACAAACUUAUUAAAUGUUUAACUAAUAAAAAUAAAAUUAAUAAAUGAAAAUAGUUGAGGCAAAAUCGUACAAAAAAAAAUAGCGAAAAUGAAACAAUUUGUAAAUUUUUAUUUGAUAUGGCAUGACAUUAACACAAUUAUGUACAAUUAUGUUUCUGUAACUUCAAUUCAAAGAUGAAUUAUGCAAUAAAUAUAAAAUUCAGUUUCCGUAUAACAAAAA